CGAUCAUCUUCCUUCGUCUUCGAUGUUUUAGGUACGACGAGCAUUGACUGAUUUCUCCACUCGUUACAACAGACCCGUAGAAGUACUUCUACACAUUUUCAGUAUUAUUUCGCUCUCCGCGACGCCGCUUCAGACUGAAGAUGUCCCCUGAGGAAACCAGGUUCGAUCUAAGGAGUAAAACCUCUUGAAAAUAGAGAUGGCUGCAUGAAACGGCCCUGCUUAGUGCAGUCGCCGACGCAGCUCCGGCAGCUGCGUCUUCCACGACCGAUAUUACGCAAAUCCACUAUAUCCCUUACUGCGGCUUACAGAUCUUGUUCUUUUUCUUUGUUUUCAGCUUGUUCGUAAAAAUCUUCCUAAACCGAGAGCCACAAGUAGAUGAUCGACGAAGCGUGAUUUGGUCGAACUCAUUGUCGUUUCCGAGGACCCGGUUUAGCUGCGGUGCGAGCGGGCAACGCAAGUUCCGACGGGCUCGGCUCGCGAGGAGUCGGAAUAAGUAUGGACGUUGCAGCUCCAGCUGUAGCUGUAUGGCAACCUACACUUCGCUUUUCGAUGCGCAAAGUGGUGGCGUUUUCAUCGUUCUUAUUUUUCGCGGCGCGAGAAAUUCAAAGCGCUGCUCGAGACGGGCCGCUAGUUAGUACGAGCAAAAAUGAUGCGGCAAAGAUGGAGAUGCUGGUAUGGAAAGGAUGAGGAAAUAUGUGAUCAUUGGGAGUGCUUCUGUCCAAACAAAAAAAAAAAUCCCAGCUUGUCGCAGCGGGGCCAUGCCAAUGCACGUCUCUUUGUGAUGAAAAGCACGCACGAAAUAAACUCACUCUAGAUCGGACGGAAUCAGUCAAGUGAGAGUGACUACCCUGCGCGAUCGGGGUCGCGCGCUUUACUUUGCAUGACAGUCGCGGGGCAUGUUCGGGUGUUCCGGGCUGUGCUUUGUGCACCCCUCGGACCCCGCACCCCCCGGGCUCGGUAGCGCAGUCUGUUAAGCAUGACAAAUACAAAACAUAAGAUAACAGCAGGCCAUACCAUAUAAGCGCGCGAAGGGCAGGCUCCUGCGACUUUUCUUGGGUCUAGCAGCAGUCCCUCCCAAGAGAAUCACUCACUUCUACUUUUCUAUAGCUGGCUGUCGCACUGGACGGGAGCGCGGAGGAUGUUGAAGGCGGCGAAUCCAAUUCCCAAACGACCGCUACCACGAGCGCGACGAACGAAGUAAGAGAAUCGUUGGAACCGCCGCUAAGUAAAAAGCCGUCAUCUUGGGCACAACCACAAAUGAACAUCGCCCGGGGCGGAAGGGGUGCUUCUGAACCUGAUCCGCAGAUGGACCACGAUCGAAGUCAUCCGCACCAUCACGCUGGCAAGAAUUUAAAUUUGCCAACUGCGAACGAGAUUACGUCGCGGGAGAAGAUGGAGAUCUGGGAUGACGAAGUGCUACUAGCACGGUUCGAAGCCCAGUUUCUCAUGUACGUGCAAACCAUGGUGAGCCUGGAGCAGCACUUGCUGGACACGAUUUCUCCCAAGGAGCUCUGGAGAUUACAGGUAUUCAUGUUUGAUGAAACGAUCGCGACCGACUACUAGGAGGGCGUGCUUCUAGUUCAAUAAAAAAAUGUAUGACCGGGCACGCGUGGUCUUGCGAGCCUGUGAGUCAAGGCCGACAGUGGUCGUUCUAUAUUUUAUGAGCGGGCUCAGCCCGCCCAUCACGGUAACCAAAACCUGAGAAGCAUGAAUAUGAACCAGACAGGGGCGCCGUUUCGCGUUGAUUUUCCUGUUCUGUGUUUGACAUGCUGGGUUUUCAGGGACUUGCGCCCCUGCCGAUGGUAGCUUGAUUGUGAUUCGCCGAGGGUGAUUAGAGCUACGAUUUCGCUCUGCCUUGGGCCGGUUUAUUUCCUCCUGAUUUCUCCCGUUCUGGAGAGGGAGUGUGUAUUUCCAGUCCUAGUUUCAGACUAGGUUGGAUCUCACCUGAUUUCUCCCGUUCCGGAGAGGGGGAGCGAGUUUGUUUCCAGUCCUAGUUUCAGACUGAGUUGGUACCUCUCCUGAUUUCUCCUGUUCCGGAGAGGGAGAGCGAGUUUGUUUCCAGUCCUAGUUUCAGGCUAGGUUGGAUCUCUCCUGAUUUCUCCCGUUCCGGAGAGGGAGAGUGUGCGUUUUUCCAGUCCUAGUUUCGGGCUAGGUUGGAUCUCUCCUGAUUUCUCCCGUUCCGGAGAGGGAGAGCGAGUUUGUUUCCAGUCCUAGUUUCAGGCUAGGCUGGAUCUCUCCUGAUUUCUCCCGUUCCGAAGAGGGAGAGCGAGUUUAUUUCUAGUCCUAGUUUCGGACAUUGUUGGAUGCCCCCGGUUAUUUCCUGUUCUGGAGCGGGAGUUUUGGUUUUCGAGCAAGUUUCGGGAUAGAUUGAUUUUCCAGCCAGUUCUGGGGAGGAAAGCUUAGUCCUGCUUUCGGACGAUUUUUCGAGUACCGGGGAGAGGGUUGGGAACCCAUUUCCCCCCUGGCCCGAUUCUAUUUGAUUCUCCGGCCCUGGCGCGAGUGAGAAAUGAGUCUUGACUUCGAUCCGCUUAUUUUCGGAGUAUGUUUUGCCACGUUCUCCAGUGUAGGGGCGUGUGGUGUCCCUUGCUUCAGGGAGUGAGCUUCAUUUCUAGACCCAGUCGGGCUUUCUCGAGCAGUCUUUUUCGCCACAUAUGUUCCGUGCUGAUAGAUUGGCUAGCAUCGGCCGAGUUUUUUCGGAGCUUGUCUAUUUCCCCCGCUCGGGGAAGAGGUUUUUCUGGGUUUUCCACUUAGGGGUGGACAGGUCGAUCGCUCCAGGUUCUCGCUCUCCCGCGUUGGAGAUGAAGGCGUCGGGGUAUUAGUCUCUACCUGUUUUGGUUUUCGCAGCAUUUCUGUGCGGCCUUUAUUCCGGGGUAAGGAAGUUUUUCGCCUCCGAGUGCUGGCUUUGGAGUGGCGCGCAGCUCCUCGGUGGAUAGACUUUGCUAUCCGGCUCAGAACUUCUCUAUUCGGCAUAUCUGUCCUCUUCGUCUCCCGGUUCGGAGAAAGAUUUUGGGCCUGGCUUGGUCAAGCUAUUCUUCUACUUUGAUCUCCGGUCUGGAGUCUCUUUUUAUCGGGCUCUCGAGGAGCCGCGCAGGUCUUAGCUAGUUGCGGGCUACGUUACGGAUUCCCGCUAUGCCGUUUUCCGUGGUGAUGAGGGCCACGAGGUUUCUUGUUCUUUCGGCUAGAUAACCUGGCGGUGAUGUCAGGGGAUGCUUUGGGUGAGGUCUAAUUGCUAGCGUUUGCCUCCGUUGUUUGCGGCGGACGGCUCUUGUCAUUCUGACCUUGGUUAUUUUCGUCUCAACUUUGCUCGGCUUUGUGGCACUGGCGGUUCGAAUCCGUUAAACCUAAAAGAGGGCAGGCGCGAGAUGGAAAGGCUGGGGAUUUGCCCGGCGCCUAGUGCGCCGGGGCUUUGUUUUCGCGGAUUCUUGUGGCUUGCGUUUCCGGGGUUCGGCAGUCCCCAGCUCCACGAGCCGAGUAAAGGCUUGAGAGGAAAUGACCAAGGUCAGCACUGGCGCGCGUUGCGUGAGCUUUCUCCUGUUGAGGCUAUCCCCUUCGAGGUGUUUGUGAUUUCUCAUCGACGUUGGAGGAGGUUUUGUCUUUUCGGAACUUCGUUUUCCUCUGGACUUUCGUGUAGCUUCAGAGGAUUUCCAGAUCCCUGCUGCGCCGGGGGUUCAGAUUGUUGUUUACAUGGGCGCUCCAGGUCCUCGUCCAGGUGCAUCGUUUUUUAUACAGCGACGCGCGUGUCCGUUGCUUCUAUAUCUUUGGCUGUGGCCAGGUUUUUUUUUCGGGCCAGGGGGCAAGAAGUGGUUGACUGUGAGUGUGGGAGAUCGUGGUCCGUGCGACGCGUGUCUCCCAUUUGUUCGGGCGGCCCGUCGGUGCGGGUGUCAGUUUGCUACCGAGAGUUUCGCUCUCGGCAGGUUCGUAGCCAGAGGGCUCUGCGCUUUCCCUACAGGGCUUCGGCACUUUCUUUCUUGUGAUGCGCUUCCGCGUGGCACCGAACACGUGCACUGCUUUCCGCGGUUUUCGGCAUGAUUGAGAUUGUUUCUUGACCGCACAGCGACCGCUGCUGAUUUUGGUGUCUCUUUUGUAGUUCCUCCGGCAGAUGUUCUUCGGGGUGUUGACCUGCGUCUCCGGAAGUCGCCCCUGAGGGCUAUACUGUUUCCCGGGUCCCACGGACUUUCCUUGGGUCAUGGUGAGGCUUGCUUCUGUUUUGUGGAUGUCUCGUUCUCGGUACAGCUCUUGCGUUGAGCUGAGUACAAUAUCCUUUGCAGAGGAAGCUUGCGUGGGCGUUACGAGCGCCACCACAAGUUUCUUGGUUUGGAGCACAGGCCGUCCUUGAUCGGGGGGCGCGUUCACGCCCGUUGGCUCUUGAUAUUGGUAGUUGUUGACGCCGGCUCUUCGUCAAGCAGCUCGGCGAUCCGGCCGGGUUUUUCCUACUUGUUGACGAGCUCUACUUCCGUGUCCGUCGGCAUGGCCAAGUGCAUUAUUUUUCUAGAGUGCGGCCGCGGCCGGCGCUUCCCGGGAUCAGUUCCUUUUGUUUUUGCGCAAUUUCUGUAGCGCGUUCGCCGCUAGCAGUUGUCGGGUAACUGGUGUAGUGCGCUUGGCACCACGGGCGAGAGCGGUUAGCGGCUUUUAGAGCGGUGUUGGGAUGCUAGUUGGCAGUCUGUUCCCUGUGUGCCGUAUUUCGUUCUUUGUCGGUAUCGUCGCAGCGCGCCCUUGCGUGUGGGGCGGCUGUUCGGUACCCAAAUUCAUCUCCAGCUGGGGCUGUAGGGUUCUUUGGGUCGCGUCGUUGCGUUGCGUCUCCGCCGGUGGGGUAGGCUCUCCACAUGUUAGGUCGCGGGCGCCUGCGCCUCCUGUUUUCCGGAGCGCACAUCCAGCGAUGAUCAUCCAUAGGAUGAUCUAUCCCUCGGAGAUGUUGACUAGAUCACAAAAUGUAUGACCGGGCACGCGUGGUCUUGCGAGCCUGUGAGUCAAGGCCGACAGUGGUCGGUCUAUAUUUUAUGAGCGGGCUCAGCCCGCCCAUCACGGUAGCCAAAACCUGAGAAGCAUGAAUAUGAACCAGACAGGGGCGCAGUUUUGCGUUGAUUUUCCCCACCCUCCCGCCCCUUUUCUUCUCUUGUUGUCUCUUCUUCCGAACGGAUGGAUCAUGAGGCUUCGCGCCGCUUCUUUUUAGAGGUGUGACAGAAGCCCAUCACUUGCAUUCGGGAACUGGGGUAGGCUCUCCACAUGUUAGGUCGUGGGCGCCUGCACCUCCUGUUUUCCGGAGCGCACGUCCAGCGAUGAUCAUCCAUAGGAUGAUCUAUCCCUCGGAAAUGUUGACUAGAUCAUAAAAUAUUGAGCGCCAGCACCACACUCCAAAGAUAUGUUUAUAGAUAUGAUACAAACUCGCAGCUGCGCUGGUCACCUUCAUAUGUUUGGUUUAUCUUUUUACCUCUACCUCGUCCAGGUACUCAAAUAUGAGCACUAUGAAAGAAUAUCAAACGAGACAAGACCUCGCAUGGUGCGUCCCACGAAAAAUGAAUUUAUACUUGCUACGUAGCUUGAUGUAGUUUUGCAUUCCUGCUUUGCUUUCCCAACCCUUCUGUGAGAAAAUCUACGGCUACACCACAGGUCAUUCGUCAACAAUUACAAGUCCACGCUCCCCAUUUGCUGCUGAAUUUCAUAUCCAGAAGAUGGAGGUGCAAUCUUGCUUCGCGUGCAGAAAAGUGACGUCUAGUAUCCCAAAGAUAAUGCGAAAAUGGAUCAGCCACACGAGAAGAACACAUUCUCUUGUACAAAAGUACUGACAGACACGACUUUCGAAUUUUUCACGCGGCUCUUCGAGGUUUAGCUUACAACUCUACCUAGUGUUUCGCUUUUUUGGGGGUUUUGGUCAUGAUCGGAUUAUUCGCGAUACGUACAAGUUGUAGAGAUGGUUUUCUCAUAUGUCGACGUCUUUCUUGCCGGGGCUGGUUUAGCGCUGACAAAAAAUACGAGAGUGAUCAAUAUACUUAUUGUCGCACGACCAAUAAAGCAGGCACUAUAAUAAAUUUUCUAGGAAAUAAAUGUGAUUUCUGUUUGUGGUCUACAGUUCUUGCACAUAGCGGGAGUAGGCAUUAUUUGCAGUAAUAAAUAGACGCUGAACUAGCUGUGAACAGAGAAGUAUGGAGAGACGUCAAGCCUAAGUUAGCUAUGCGUCUCGUAGUCGGUUUCGUCCGUGUGUGUGUUCGUCGUGAACUGAGUAAAUUCGUCUAGAGUCCGUGUCGUAAGAAAAACAAAACCAAGAUGGGUUGCGAAGCCCAGAAGUGCCAAGAAUCCGGCCCAGGCGGAUCGCGGAGCCCCGGCUCGCAACCGGAGACACGCGAAGGGGAAAUCUUUCCGAGGUUUUCUUUUUUCGCUGAUCUCUUUGGCAUCUCAGCUUCCGCUAGUGUCUUCUGUGCUGCUCCCCGGAGCCGCUAUAGGAGUCCCUGGCUGGAGGCGCUCGCUCCGGAGGGGGCGUCGAGAUAUCAACACUUCUCCUCACCGAGUUCGGAGGGUCGAGUAUGUUGAUGACUAUCCGUAGUCGCUGGCAUUUUAGUUUCGCUGGAUGAAAAACCUCCGGGGCCCUCCCCACGCCGAGUUGAUAUACUCGCGGUGGGUCUGUGUCAGAAUACUAUCCUUAGUGAAGCCCGUUGCGCUUCUACGCUACAGUCUCGGCUACGAAGACUAGAAUCAUAUGUGGAAGGGAAAGCCCUGUCGUGUGUUCACAACCCGAGAAGAGCAGGCACCUCCGAGCCUUUGCGCGCUCGUGUAUGGAGGUCUGAGCCUUCGCGCGCUCAAUGGCUGUCAAUAAUUUUUUACAAGUCGAUACAAGUGUGAGAAUCGGAUGAAAUUCCCGAGUAAGCCAUGCAAGAUAUGAGUAGCUUCGUGCGCUCGCGCAGUCGUGGCGCCGCAGAUGUUGAAAAACGCCAAGCAUGCUGAUGGGACAAGGUAUCGUAGGUAUUAAGGAAUGCUUGGCAUCACGAUCACACCUAGCUGCGUCCACAAUUCUGCUGCUAGGAAGAACCACGCUUCUUCAAAAAAAAGAGCGUUAGUUCCAUAUGCGGAGCAGUCGCAUUGUUGUUCGUUGUUCCUCAUGACAUUCACAACUUGGAUCGCGCACAGGAAUCGAAGGGGCCGCUUUGAACUCUAACUCGUUCUGUAAGCAACACAGUCAACGACUAAGUCUGGCUUGAAGGGUGCGUAAUCAUGUCCAAGCUUGUAGCGUCCAAAGAUAGCUGGCGGCCGGUUAACGAGACCGACCAGAUUUACCUCGAUCGGGUCGAGGAGUUAGAAGUCAUGUUAGAUUUAGAUAAGCGUGUGCACUUGAAGCGCAAGGGUGUGAUGGCUUUUCACAAGUCUCUGAUCCGUGCAAUUGAGGAGAAAUGCUCUAAGAACGUAGUAGCAGAAAUCCGUCGCAGUGCCAAUGACCAGUACGCGGAAGUUUUGUCACAAGAUCCGUUGAGUAACUGGGCUGACGAACUGGACCAUAAGCGCAGUGACUAUUACGCUAAUUUCUUAGAGCGCAAGCGGAUUCACGAGGAAAAGAAGAAUACGAAGUCUUCGGGUUGUAGUAGCAAGGAAAAAUAAAAGCGGUGUAGAUCGAGAGUCAUUAUUUUUCGCGUCAAUCUUCAAAGUUGAGUACGCUGAUAUUUUACGAGGAGGCUUUUUCUUGCAUUUAUUAUCUACGCGAAGCCAUGUUGUUCACGCUGUGCGAGCUGGCGCGGACGUGCCGCAAGAGGAAGGACACCCAGAUCGCUCACGAGGAACGCGCAGCGGUGGAGCGUCGUUUCCAAGAAACCGAUAGUACGAAGUUACUGGGACGAUUUUACCUGCGGCCCGCCGCCGCCAAAUAUUACCGGCCCGCUGGAGUUUUUACGUAUCACUGGCCUGAUAUAGUCAUGUGCUAGCAACUGUUUUGUCUAAUUGCGGUUUGAUGAAAGAGCAUGACAGAGUGUUACUGGUAAAAAUUUUUUAUGAUUCUCCGUUUUCAUCACAGCCGCCAUGAGACCAAGUUAUCAUUGAUUACUGACUUAGGUGCGAUGUCGUCGCCAAGCACAGUCUCAAGCCCAACCAGAUCUCCUCCCCGAAGAAAAGGAGCUUGAUUCUGGAAGCUGUUUGGGCAGCUAUUGCGGGUCAUAUUUUUGACCGCUCUACGGAUACCGUAGAACGGCGGUUCAUGUAUUGGAAAAAUGUUUUUUUUUUUUUUUUCGGUUUCUUUUAGAAAAACAAAAGCCACGCAGUUGUAGCGAGUCACUUCAUAGCACUCUCUUGCUAGCAUCAGAGUUAGUAUCCAAGUCGACAUGUAAAUUUCCACAUUCACGCUGUUAAAUACAGCCGGGCGCUCGUCUUACGCAAGAUGAUGAUGCGGGAUCAGGCGGGCGGUAACGUGGUGUAUAAAGUCUUAGCGGCUUUUGCCGUCAGUGAAGAGAUCAAGGGCACCAUCCUACCCCUGACGUCGUUGCCGCAAAUCAGUUCCGCUGCUUUGAUGGGUGCCAGCACCAACCCCCAGUUGCUCUCGCUCACGUUUGAGGAAGCGCUCAAAACGAAGGUCGCGCUCAGUGCCUUUUACAAAAAGUUUUCGUUGCUCCAUCCCGAAAUCGCGGCGGCACAGCACGACGGAGCUGCUUCCGAGUGCGCUUGAAUUUAACUGGAAGCGUGUUGCUAUGUUGUUUUUUCAUCGUGGUUGCAUGCAUGAUAACAAAAUGAAAGCUCCACGGUCACAGAAGCGAAAUUUUAUUGGACAAUUCAAAUUUAAGGCAAUCAGUAGAACAAGAGUUACGGAGUUGGGAGGAUGCUGAUCAACCAGCUCACACGGAGCUGCCCGACAACUAACAAUGGGCAUACGAAUAAGAAGAGGAUGUGACAGGAUGUUCCUCGUAUGCAAUGUGGACACAGCUACACGAAACAACAGGCCAAGAGCGAUUAUAUAUUUGAUUGCGAUGAAAGUCAAAGACUUUACAAGUACGCACAGGAUCAAUUUUUAUUUUGCAACUACUUUUGUUUACGAGGAUAUCAGAUUUACUUCUUGCUGGUAGCGUCGGGUGUUGAUUACAAUAAGUAUAGAAGCCUUUUUUUUUGAUGUUCGGCUGCACUAAGGACACGAUGAGGAGAAACAUAAGCAGUAGCGCACGGCCGUUUAGUGCGCUAGAUGUGUAUGAAUGGCACGCCAGGCCAGGCCAAAAAGUACAUCUAUGGCUUACGUGCAGUCGCCACGCGCGAACAGAUGGACUUUUGGUUGUGUCAAUCGAUAGCAGGCAAGCACGCAAACAGGAAGCCUUUGUUUGAAAAUGCAACUUUUGUAUAUGCAGCGCGUUACUGCGAAAAGAUUCUAGGGCGGAUUACCAUUGUGCAAGCAAUUGCUGACAACUACGCUCCUGCGGCUUUCAAGUAAUACCUCGCGGCUUGUUCUCCAAUAAUGGCCAACGAUUUGCGCCGGGUGCUUAGUAGCCCGUACACUGCUACGAGGGUGCUCUACACAGCGGGUCUGAUGAAAAACGUGAUGAAGUGUCACAGCAAAGAUGUCAAAGGCCGAGUUUCUAAGGGAAGUAAAAGGAGGAACUCCAUCUCUUGAGAAAUAAAGUGCGUUUUGAGGGCGCUGACAGAUGCAGGAGUGCGUCUUCCGAGCGAGUAGUGAGUAGCGAAUAAUUUGCGCGUCUCGUCUUGAAGUGCCACACUUUUAGACAACCAGCCCUGGAUACAACCAAUGGCGACUCGCUCCCUCGCCACAAGAUGCCUGCUUCACCAAUCCGCUCUCCUUGUGAUACGGAAGCUAUCGCCGACUUGCGCCGCAAGCUUGAGCUUGCCUUGGCAGAAAUUGAACGGUUAAGGCGACGCAUCACAGAGCUGCAAGCAGCUCGGGCCGAUCGCCAUACCGCACAAGCAGGCUCAAUAACCCAACAGCAGAAUAAUAGCGACCCAGUUCCGUCUAAUUACCCUCGCCCAGUACGCCUCCCGAUAUCUCCAGAACUUUAUGUAGACGACGAACUGCCCCCCUUUCGCUAACGGAAGACACUAGGAGUAGCGUUAUGCUGUUGCACACACACCCGUUGCUUACAGCCGAAGCGUAUCUAGUAGGUGCACAUAGAGUAGUAGUUACGGUUAACAAUACCCAGUGGGGAGUUACAUUUUUUAUCUACUCCACCCUGAUAGUAAUCAGCAUUAGUAGGCCAGGCUGCGCCCGUUUACUCAGAUUCUACACACCGCAGGAGUUAUUGCGCACUAUUACUAGCAAUGCGUGCUGGAUCGAGGAUUUAAUAGUAGAAUUUUUCCCAUUUCCUACGGUUGUCGGCGCGUAACUUUUUUACGCUGGCAGCCAAUCAGUAGACGCAUGCGUCCCGCCAACUCAGCCCAGGGGGAGCCACGAGCGGAGCCUGAGGCUGGCGUUAGUAGUCGCCCUCUGCGAGUAGUAGUGUACAGGGUGCGUGCAGGCGAAGUUCGUCGAACGCAGUGUCUAGCGUGUCGCUCGGAGUAUCUUCCGUUGUUGGAAGACCCGCACUCGGCUGCUCGCGUCAGAGAACUCGAAAGGAGUGUUGCGGAGCUGCGCAGGCAGGCCAAUCAGUUAACUGAGCGGCUUACCGAGCGGGGCGGGGUCAUUAGACGCCUCCAGUUCCAACGCGAUAGCCAGCACGCACAAAUCCGAAAUUUAACCCAUAGACUAGACAGGAAUCGCUUUCACCAGUUGCCGCGUGGUGGUCAGUUUUCAGACACCGAGGAAAAUAAAAAUGAAAAUAGAGUACGUCAGCGAUAGCAUCGAUGUUAUUGGUUUACAUGUUGACGAGAGUCGGAGUUUUAGGCUGAAGUGCGAGAAGUGCGAUCAUUCGUGCGUAAUAAGAUUGCGUGGCGAUGCGUAUCUAGCCAUAAUUCGUUCGCUCAAAAAUAAUUUACAGCAAGAAUUGGCAGCAGUAAAGGAACUCAAGAACCAGCUAUACAAGAUUCAGAACGAGAGUAAGCGUAUUCGCGACGAACUAAGUAAAUUGCGUACACAAACCGGGACUCGUGAGUCUGGUAUCCGCGUCAGCCCUCCAAAAAUUAAGGUUACUGACGACGGUUUAGCAUGGGAGCGUCGUAGAAUGAGCGACCUCGUUCCCAUCGUAGUGAGCGUUGACGUGGGCGCAUAUCUUAAUUCUGAGUGCGGCAAAUGUAAAGCCAAAGCUUGCUCUCGGGCCGUGAGUACUCGUUUAGAAGCUGUGGCUUUGGAUUUGAAAGAGGAACUUCGUACGAGUCAACAAGAGGCAACGAGAUUAACGCCUCGCAUCGUAGAACUGGAAAGGGAAACUCGCCAAUUGAAAACCAUCAUCGUGAAUCUCGAAGCUAGGCUAUUUGCGCGCGGCGAGUUUGUGUUGCGCAACAGCCCGCCCAAGUCGGCGUCUUGAAUCAUCACAAAGCAGAUUCCUCUCCUUGUUUUUUUUCACAACAAACACACAGAGUUCUCUUGAUAAAGAGCGCUACAUUAUAUGUUCAUCACUAUGGAAGCAACUUGUUUUCUAGUAAUAUUUUUAUGCGCUAGCUUUGUCUCGGUCACUAACAUCUUGCACGAGGUAGAGCACGAAGUACAGCAGCGAUAGCAUGUAGGUGGAAGUCCUAGCAGCUGCUUCUGUGGGUUUAUGUUGCUUACUGCUUUUUAGAGAGUAUCAAUAUUACACUAAGAUAAGAGAACUUCGCCGCUGAGUACGCGUCGCAGAAGGGUGCAAUAAUUUAAUUCCUUAUCGGGUAUAUGAGUGUUGCCCUGGAAUUACCGUGGCGAAUUUUAAGUAUAGCCCCCAGAUGAAAAUUUUAUUUUUCUUGUCGUCCGGAACCGCUACCAUCUCGCAUUUUAAUCAACCCCCAGAAUAAUUAAGAGCGAUGAGUAAAGAUACCCUUCCAAUUGCUGGAGGCGCUGCUAGCGAGCAGCCUGCAGAUCGCGCUCCUGACCAAGAAAUUGCUGAAGCUCCGGUUCUCACGGGGGUGGCAGAGGCUCCGGCGGAACCCGCCGAGCUGCCCCAGCAGACGCGGGGAACAACAGAGGAACCCGCUACGACUAGCUCGUCUACAGCGGGGAGUGCACCGUUGCAGCAGCCGGAUGCUCCCGCUCCCAAACCAAAAAGCAGUCAGUCAGCGCCUGCGACCAGCCCGUCUCCGAAGGCUACACCCAAAGCAGCCGCGAGCUCGGCCAAUAAGAACCCACCGAGUAUGACCAAGGCGGGAAAGAACAAGACGACAUCCACAGGAGGGGCAUCGUCCAGCUCCGCCGUCGCCUCUGCUGCGAGCACUGUUAAACAUAACAUCCUCCCUGCGCAAUCCGAAAUCGAUUGGAGUGUGGUCGCAGAUAAACUCCCGUCGAAAGAAGUCGAACCAUGUAUCGACUACUUCAUAGGACAUGCGAUCCUGCCGUCUCUAGAUCUGCGUCGCGAUGGGCGCGACUACACUCUGGCGCAAGUGGAUGCGGCUCUGAGGAUGACGGACGACGAAUUGUCGGCGUUGUACGAAAAAGGGCAAUGGGAGCAGAAGCCCCAAGAAUGGAAUGUCUUCAAUAUGGUGGGGGCGAGAGGCAUGUAUGAGUUUUGCGAUGUAUGAGCCUCAUACAUCGCAAAACUCAUACAUCAUACAUCGAAGAUUUGAGGAGAGCGCGACGGUUUCCGUGUGCGAUGUAUAAUGUGCCGCACAUGGUCCAGUGUAUGAUGUGCGACGUAUGAUACAUUGAUGCGUCAUACAUUGCAAAUUGGAUACAUCAAUGUGCGACGUAUGAUACAUCGCACAUUGAUGUAUCAUACAUUGCAAAUUGGAUACAUCAAUGUACGAUGUAUGAUACAUCGUGCAUUGAUGUGUCAUACAUUGCAAAUUGGAUACAUCAAUGUACGAUGUAUGACACGUCGCACAUUGAUGUAUCAUACAUUGCAAACUGGAUACAUACAUACAUACACGUUCCACGCGGCUCUGCGAGAGGUUUGUGGUGCUCUAAAUUUGACCCUGUCUCCCGGAAAGCGAUCCACCCAACGUAGUACGGGCGAGCAAGGGUGUGAAGGAACCCUCUGCGUUCGUGAUGUGGACGAACGCCGCAAGAGGUGAACAAGGAUCCUGGAGGUGCCUGGGCCGCCCUUUGCUGGGGGGGGCGACUUAGAGCGCACCGGCGGGCUCUAUAUCCAUGCUCCUGAUGGCCGCAUCAAUGCGUCUUCGCUACGAGCGUCGUGUUGAUUGAUUUUGCCACGAUCUUUCAAUGUCGGCGGCGGGCUACAAGCCUUGUGCCGCGUUCAUCGUGCAUCCUGUAUUCUAGCGGAUGCUACUGCUCCAUCUCUCCACAGAUAGAGAGAGGAGGGGGGGAAUCUACUACGAGCAGGCCCCCCGAUGCCAGGGCAGCCUCUACGGCAGCAACCCGGAGGGCAGACGCGGACGCACGGGAAAGGCGCAGGGACCAGCCCUGCGAGGGCAUUGCAUGCGUCAACGCGCGUAAGUAAGAGCGAUGGGGGGCGCAGCCCAAUCCUUCGGACGCGGGCCCAUGGCUUUCAGGUGCUUGCUAGGUGGCAGGGAGGCGCAUGGCAGUCGCGGGCCUUCGUGUCUCGCACAUCUUUGCGCGCUCGCUGCGUGGCCCUGUAUUGGCGUCCCGUUGUCGUAUGCUCCGGGGCUGCACACGCAACCGAUCGGAUGCGACGGGCAUGCCACAGGGGAGGCUACAGGGGCGUGGGCAAUGUUUUUAGACGCUGAAGGCGGCGCGCGAUGGUCUAGCUGCGAGCUAGACCUGCUGCGACGAGCGUUCCACGGACCGAACUAGGCCAGAUGCUCCACAGGCCUCGCGUAGCUGAGGCGGAUACAUUGUCUCACUCUGAGCGCGUUGCCAGUCGGUCCUGGCAUCUGCUGGGUCCUAAAGACAGACCAAGCACUUUUGUGCUCCGAGCACAUGGGCUCCCUUCCCUACAAGGGCGGGAUGCAAAUUGGAUACAUCAAUGUGCGAUGUAUGAUACACUGUACAUUGGUGUAUCAUACAUUGCAAAUUGGAUACAUCAAUGUACGACGUAUGACGCAUUGAUGUAUCAUACAUCAUACAUUGAUGCUUCAUACAUUGUGCAUGGAUGUGUCACAUUGCAGAAUUUGCGAUGUAUGAUGUAUGAUGUAUGAUGUACGAGGUACCUACCGCGCAGAAUUUGCGAUGUAUGAUGUAUGAUGUAGGAGGUACAUACAUCGCAGAAUUUGCGAUGUAUGAUGUAUGAUGUACAAUGUUCGAAAGGUCGUUCUCCUCAAAUCUUCGAUGUAUGAUGUAUGAGUUUUGCGAUGUAUGAGGCUCAUACAUGAGGCUCAUACAUCGCAAAACUCAUACAUGCCUCUCGCCCCCACCAUACCCAAUGUCUUUGCGGAGGUAUUUUUGUGGUUAAACAUUAUUAAGGAGUCGUUGUAUGGUGGGACAAACCUUCACCCUUUCCUCAUUUUAUAAGUGAACCACUACCCUUCUAAUUGUUGUUAAUUUUUAUAACUAUGAUAAUUGCAAUUCUGCACUCGGUCUGGUGGCAGCUCCAUUUCUUCCGCUUUCGUCGUUGUUUUUAUCCGUUCACCAUCGUCGAUCUCGAUAGCAAGAGAAGAAAUUGCUAUUCAUUUUGCAUCGUCGUGUUCUCGUUUCGUCGUCGGUUUUUCGUCGUCACAGCCAUCGAAUCGUUGGACGGGACGGAGACGGCGCGAACCGGAUUGGAUGAAGCCGAUGAUGGGCAACCGCACUUGAAAGAUGAUUGAAGUUUUGUUUUUGAUGAGCAGACAUCUAUUUUGUUUUGACUGCACUGCGAAUCGCCUGGAUUAAAUCAAGCCGAAAGACACAUUGACAUUUUAUCAAAACGAAGUUGAAGACGAAAAGUGAAAAACAAAAUGAAGAACAGCAAGCAGAAUGAAAAGUGGUACGAUGCCGAACAGACGCAAGGCAGUCGCAGUCUGGUCGUAUCUGUCGAGCGUGUUGAAAAUCUUCACCGCUCCGCCCACAUCCGCCGCGUUCUCCAUCGUGGUUCGUUUUGAUUGCGCAAGCUGCCUGUAGGAUUUAGAUUUUUGUAGUCGUAGUCUUGUUGUAGUUGUACUUGGCCAAUGUGUCGGUUUUGGUUUUGGGUCGGAACUACGAACCAGCUAGCAUUUGCGGUUCAGAUUUUUUGCGUCUUACUCUUAAUCGUUUUUACGCCUUCGCUCUCAGCUCCAAACUAAAAGUAAAAGUUUACAGCACUGUCGAGCUUCAAGCUGAGCACAAAAGUUAGGAACUAGAUGUAGUCUUUUUCUCAUCGUUUUAUGUUUGUCGAAAAUCGAAAUCGAGGUUUACUUUGGUAUACCUCGUGGGUCGUGGUCGGAGUGUCGUCAGCUCGUUGUGGGAAAGUAGAUCGCGAGUUGCUCGGAGGACAUCGGGACGGGGUCGUGAGUUGUAGAGUUGUAUCGUGGUCGUGUUUUUUGUUCUCGCUCGCGUUAGGACCUUCGACAUCGAACAGCUAGCACGAACUAGUACGGGCCUAGACUUCGAAAUAGAGCUACAGCUGCAGCAGUCUCUCUUUCGUUUUUUUCUUCUUCUCACCCUGGCAGCUGACUAUGGAUUUCAUACGUCCGUAAGCCUAGCACUAGUUUUACACUUUUCGCUCGAUGUCGACCAUAGAUUUUGAUUUACGUUUGCGUUUAGAUUUGAAAAAGCUUUCAGCUUUACAGUUUUAGGCCAGAAGAAAAAAAACGGAAGCAUCAUGGUGCCUCCUCCGCAGUAUGGCGAGGAUGUGCUGUCAACUUCUGGUGCGAGGUUUGCGCAUCUCCAGAAGUUGCUCGUUUUCUAUCAUCCUGUUGCCCCGCAACCCGCCGUAGAUCGUGCUGCUGUCGAAGUUGGGCUCGUGGCCAGGGAGAAACAAAUCGGAAAACCAAAAACGAAAACGAAAACAGGCGAUAACAAGGUUGCAGGAUCAGAAGGCGAAGACGAGGCAGUCGCAGUUCCGACGAAAGACACGCUGCGAAAACGGUACGACGUGUGGAUGAAGGAAAGUCCCGCGAUGCGGUGGGAGGACUUCGCUCGGAUUCAGUGCAAAAAAUUCGGAGCACCGUACUCCCGCGAAGAAGAAAACCAAACCCAGGGCGAAAGCCUACUUUCUCAGCUCGUAGGCACGGAUGCGGAGCAAUCGCAGCAACAAAAACAACGACCUACUGGCACUGCGGCAAAUGCUUCUUCUUUUCGCGCAGCGAUGAACCCGUCGCUGCAGAUCGCCGCCCAAUCAUCGCGCGACAACUACCUGCGAAAGCUGCAAGAUGAGCGGCCCAAGGAGCAUCUGUGGUACACUUUGGGAAAAAGCGGUGGAACGGCGCGAGCGCGGAACAAGACGGUGCAAAUAACCCGCGACGCGAGCACGCACAGUCGCCACACGAAGACGACCCAAGGUGCCAAGCUGCGGGUCGUGCAUGGAAAAGCAAAGUCAUCUUCUUCAAAUGCGCGAGCACUGUGUCCGCGACGGAAGAAGCAGGUCGUGGCUCAGCGCCGGCGUGGAGACGUCGCGAUGGAUGAAGAAGACGACUUGCUUGAAGACGACAACCCGAACCCGCCAGCACGAAAAGAUCCGGACGAGCUGACGGACUGCUUGACCGAAAUUUCCGAAACGGACACGUCGUGCAUCGAGUCCAGCAGUGACGAAGAAGAGGACAACAGCGCUCAGUCUCAGAGGGAUACAAGGCUACACAACAAGCGGAACGCGUUGUUUUCCGAUGGUGUGCGGGUCGCGGCAGGUGGAUGGUCGGAAGACAAGGCGAAGAAAACCUGCAUCAAAGAAGAAAAAGCAAAGAUGAACGAGGAUGGGAACGAUCGCAAAGAGGCUUCGAGAGCGGAGCUGCGGUUUUUCGACAUCGCGCGGAUCUCCUCCCGUGCCCGCAUGAUGUCGUUUCUCGUCUCUACCGGCGUGGUUGCUGAUGAUCGAGGAGCGCGUCCGUCCAAAAAUGAAACAAACGAGUCACAGGAAACAACAGGCUCCGGGAGGACAGCAUCAUCUUCAUCUUCAUCCGCAAAAGCAAAGCUCGGCUUCGCAGGGCGGGCAGUUGCAAGAAUGCGGGAUCUGGUGAGCAGUGGGUAUGACGCCGAUGAUGAACCUGCGUCGCAGAUGGACUUGGAAAUUGGCGGCUCGCUCGCAGUUAUUCCGGAAGAUGAAGAAGGUGUUUUUCUCGACCCGGAUACCGGGUUGGAGAAAAACAAAAACGCAAACGGGUUUCGCAGCGUGUCGAAGGAGCGGAUCGGGAAAAUGACAACCAAAGCAGCCAACAACAUGCAGGGCAUCUCGAGUUCCUCCUCUUCAGGUCCGCUGAAGCUGGACCCUGUCACGGGGCUACCGCUGUCUUCCACGGGAAAACGGCCGCGAGGCAACACGAUUGAGACGUUGUUACCGCCACUGGGUAGGUCUACUUCAACUUCUUGCUUUUGGUCUGAGUUUAAUUCUACAACCAGUUGCAAGCGCAACUGGAACUGCUACUGCAAGCAUCGUCUAAGAACGAAACUGACAUCACUGCGCAUGACAAAACGCGCUUACAAGUUUAUGUUUUUCAAAAGCGACUCGCUUUUGAAAAACAAAACCAAAAGCAUAGAGCUGAAUCAAAACCAUUGCGCUUUAGAUUUUGUUUUUUGAAAAACAAAAGCGCGAAGAUGAAAACGACAUCGACUCUGACGCUGCAAGUGCAACUCGUACUCUUUCUCAAAAAUAAAACAAAAACAGAUGAAGACGAAGAAGUCGAACCCGCUGGCAGCUUGCUUGCUGGAAAGAGCGGAGCCGCAUCUGCGGGGCAGGUGCAGACCAGCAGCGUGUUCGUGUUCAAUCAGGAGAACCUCGCGCGGGCGGAUGCGGCGUCGGGUUCAGGCGGUGGCUUCGGGUCUUCUUCAUCCUCGCAAGCUGCGGGUGAAGAUCUGCAGGCGAGUAUGAACGAUAUGUUCCGCAAUGCCCGGGAAACAACUAGCGUCUUCGGUGACGCUGUGACGAUGGACGAAACGGUGGUGAAAACCGCGGGCCCGACCGGAGAGCUGACAAAAAGCGGGCACCAGUAUGGACCGGGGGUGAAAGAAGAUCUCGGACAAAGGGAAAAAAGACCAAGAAUCGCGAUCAGGUGCAGUCCCGACGCGACUCCAUACGACGAGAUCAAAGCCAUGAGUUGUUUCAUGACUUUGUUCAAGAGCGACUUCCGCGACCCGAUGAUCGUGUACAGCCACGACGUCGCUCUGCCGACAAUCUCCACGGCAUCGGGCGCGGAAAGUUUUCUGCAGGACCUGUACGAAGCUGCGUUUUCGGUGGGUUUUCCGCUGCCGGGAAUGUGGUCGAAACUUUGUAGGGUGGGAGGAAAGAUUUUGAAGUUUCGUCCGUCGUUGAUAGUUACCAGCGACAGUGGAUCGGAUCAGCUGGAGCCGCCCCCGGCGAUUUGCUUGCUAAAUCCGUGCUAUUUUUUGAAAGUUCCAAUCAUUUGCGCGAAGCCGCUGCGCCCCCGCGGGGCCACGCGGGGGCACCCGGGCGGCGGUCCGGGGGGCGGCGCCUGUUUUUGAAGCGCCCUUGGCUAGGGUCGCAAGCGCGCCGGCCGGGACUCCCGCUCUGCAGGCCCGGAGGGCCGGGGCUCCCUCACGCAACGGAGGCCGCCCUUCGUCCGCGCAACGGCCGGGGGAGCCUGCCACCCCCUUCGCGCGGGUUAUCGUUUUGCUAUUUUUUUUGCUAUUUUCGCUGCCUGCCAAAAACACAGGGAAAUCGCAUUGGAAAAAAAAGUCCGGGGAAAUAGCAAGGGCGGGGCAGAUUUUUUGGGGAAAUUCGGGAGGGGGGCAUAGAACGCUAAUUAGCAAGGGGAAUUAGCACGCGAAUUAGCAAAGGAAUUAGCACGCGAAUUAGCAAGGAAAUUAGCAAGCAAAUUAGCAAGCGAAAUAGCAACGAAAUUAGCAAGCAAAUUAGCAAGGGGGGCCCGUGGAAUCGGGCCAAAAGGGGGGGUGGGAAGUUGGCGCUUUUCGGGGGUUAUUUUUCUUUGAAAAUUCUUGGACGGGCAAAAAAAUAGCCCCGGUUUAGCACGGCCGCGGCCGGCACCGGCUCCGACCGAAUCGGACGUGAAGAAGGGGGUGAAGUUGAUGACGCAGUGGUGCGAGGCGCAGCGGAAGUACGACCCAGACGAAAAAAAUGGCGAACCGCAUUGGACAGUGGCUUGGUUGCAGUGUCAGCUCCACUUGGCGCAUAUCAUGGGCGGAACAAUCACCAGCGUAGCGUCGAAGUUGUUCAGCCUGGACUUUCGCAAAAGCCUGACCGCGGUUUCCAAAGCUGUGAACUUGUGGAUUGCGCCGAGGAGAACAGGGAACGACCGCAAAGGGAGGGGAAAGAAAACAGUGGAGGAGCUGAAGAAAGAGUUGUACGCCGUCGAUGCAGAGCAGCAAAAACUGUUGGACGGGAUGACAGCGAUUGACCGAGAAAUCUGGCACAGCGAGCGGAUUCGGAGCGACCCGAUCUUGCAGGAAAAGCAGACGAAGCUAGAAGAAAAAAUGGAGAAAAACAAAAACCCGGUAAAACGGGUGAAGUCCUUCGUCCGCACCCGGUGGCUGAGUAUCGGGAAGUGCAUCAAAGGUCUUUGGACACAGCAGGAGGAGAUCAAGGCGCGCAUCAUGGACCGGACUGAUAAGGAUUUACAGGAUAAGAGCCGAAAAUUUUUACAGCGGGCGAAGAAGGCGAUGCUGGCGCCGCUGUGGUGGUCGGGACUGCGGAUUCUCCACCUGCUGCUCACCGAAAUUGACCGGGUUGCUGGUGUUGUUAUGCAUUCGACCAGCAAGGAGAUGGACGGCGCCUCGGUGGAGGCGUUCGUUAAACAUCUUCCCAGAUGCCACUCCGUCGACUUGUGCCAGCGUGUCGGGGAGUUUUUGAUUACGCUCGGCGGACUGGUCUAUCGCGGCCUCGAAACUGUCGGUCUUGCAGCUCCUUUAGUCAUUUUGUUUUAUACAUUGACUAAAGAGCUCGACAUCCGCCACCGCCCGCUCCGCUCGUGGCCAUACCGACUUGCGUUUUUAUUUUCGGCGGACCAGAAGGAACGGCUGCAGACCAUCCAGGACUUGUUGAAGGAUUGCGAAGACGAGGCUGCUAGAAAAAGCCUUCCGCUGGAAGUUCGGGACUUGUAUCGGCUUUUUCGUCUGGAGCUGAAAAUGGUCGCGGAAAAGCUGAAGAAGAAGCAGUACAUCGGGUGGAGCCGGGCCUUUGUUCGAAACUUAGCGCCGAUUAUUCGGGCGUUUUUGGCUUCGAGCCAAAUCGCCGAAUCCCUAAACUCCACUACCAGCUGGAUCAAGCGCGAAGCUGGUGGCUUAAUCGGAAUGCUCCUUGCUUCUGCGCGUUUGUUUACCCGCCGCGGAGCAGGACGGGACGUCGACUUCGAGCAGUAUCUCUUCGUCGAGGACAACGCCCGAUGCCAGAAAGCAACGAUGCAAAUCCGAAAGGAGUUGCUAACCCACGGGAUACACGGCGCGCCGCAGAUCAGUGAUCGGUCGGACCACUUUCUGCGAAACCCAAUCAACCCGCAACUCACGCCGGAAGCGGUUGUUGCGGAUUUUUUUGAAGUUUUGAACCGGCCGGACUGCCCGGAGGCGCCGAAGUUGGCCACAGGCGACAAAGCAAAGGGGAAAAUUAGGGAAAGGCAGCAGUACGGCGCCGCGCCGCUGAACAUGAAGCUGUUUCCGUUUUCGGUUAUGGACAUCAUCGGCAUCCCCAAGUACGACCAAAACAACCGCGCGAGAAAAGGAGCGGGCGCAUCAAACUACUUCGUUUUGGAGAAAAUGAAGAAAGACGCGGUGCUGUGCGAGGUGGACAUAGUUCACGGCGGGUUGAAGGAGAAGGGUCACGAGGUGAGAAUGGAGAUCGACCUGGACAGCCAGUGCUGGUUCUCGGACGCUAUUGGCGCGCGGCGCGAAGACCAUCCCUCCAAGGCAGCAAAAAAAAACUUCAAAAACAAACAGCCGGAACUACGCCCGGUCGUCCUUGAUGGCCAAAACAUGUUGAAGCACUUUCACAUCGACACCAAGCAGCGGCGGAAGUACUUCCACAUUCGACAGACGGAGGAAAGUACGGAGGAGUUUUACUUUCAGCAUCGGGUGCGGGCCGAUGGAACACCGGAUCCAAGUCCAACGGUCUAUCCGGGAAACGAAGCAGAACAGAUUUGGAUUCGGGGUGAGCUGAUCCGCAUGGAGUGGAAUGAUGCCUGUUUGUCGAAGGAAGUGGAAGAAAACAACAUCGAGGAGAAAAAGUUGAAGAAAGCGUUGAAGCAGGACCGGUUGGAUUCUCCUACGCGGCGAGCGCGAGAAUCAAAGUGGAACCUCGUACCCCUGCGGACCCGCGUCCCCGAGCUGGCGGUGAGCGGUCUGAUUGGUCGCGGAUACGCGAUCUACCAAAUCGAGUCGAAGACGUGGUGGGGCCGGUUGAAGAACGCAGUUCCAUUUUCUCGGGGUAGUGUGCCAGCUGGUAGUGCCGCAGCUGUUGCUCCACCGCAGGUGCCGCCGGACAACAAUCCGAAACCCCAACCGAAGCAAACCAAAAAACAGAAAAAAUCAGCUGCAGCAGGCGAAAGUAAAUCUGCAGGCGCGAGCGCGCGCGCGGGCGCACAGGUGGGCGCGGGCGUGCGCGCGCACACGCACACGGGCGCGCAGGCGCACGCACAUGUAGGCGCGGGCGCGCAGGCAGGCGCGGACGCGCAGGCGGGCGCGGGCGCGCAGGCGGGCGCGCAGGCGGGCGCGCAGGCGCACGUGCACGCGCACCCGCACGUGCACGUGCACGCGCACGCGCAGGCGGGCUCGCAGGCGGGCGCACAGGCGCAUGUGCACGCACAGGUGCGUGCGCGUGCGGACGCGGGCGCGCGCGCGCACGAGGCGGGUGCGAAGAUAGUGGGUCGCGCUGGGGCGGAAUUGCAAUUGCAAGCGGAAGUAGAUUCGGAGAAUAAAAGCGGCGGCGACGGACAAGUGAAGAAAACGCCAAACGGCGGCGUUUAUCGGGAUCGAUACUUCGGGGGGAAGAGCAGAGAGGCGCUGGUGAAAAACAUGAUCGAGUACGAAAAGGGGUCGAGCGAAUCGCACAUCGCUCCGGCGGGUGAGGAUCUACUAUCUGCUACUACGACGCUAACGGCGUAUCUGAAGGACAACAAGCUAGUAGCAAAAAAACAAAAAGGGAGUGACAACAUCGAAAUGAAUUCCGACGACGAAAGCACCUACGAGUCGUCGGGAACCGCCUCUGAUUUCGACGAGUCUGAAACUUCUGAUGAAGACUAAAGGGCGGCAGGGCGGGAUGCUGAAAGCACUGCUAGCAAUGUGCUUCUGAUGGAAAACUCGCCGGCACUAGGUCGAGCACUGCUUCCGCGUAGUGCUAAGUUUUGUUUUGGCACUCACUAUCUUGCUUUGAAAUUAAUUUAGUUUUUCUCCUUGUCCUUCGUGUUAAGCUUGAGACUCAGCAUCAAGCGAAUCCGUCAUGCAAAACGAAAACCAAAAUUAAAGUGUAUACUUUUUUGCUCGAUUGAAAUAGGUGGAGAUAAGCUCCACGCAGUAAGCUCUCCACCGAGCAAGAGAUGAGAUUUGGUUACUAUUAAUGCGCAGGAACUAGGCGAAUUCGCAUUACAAACCAAUAGAAUCAUGUACAAUAAAGCGCUGAACUUAAGAUGCAAUAGUUGAAUUCAGUACUGCGAGUUGCAUCUUUUUUAUCUGUACGUGUAUGAUUUUUGGCUCUAGAGUUUUGACAUUUUAAUGGUUUCAGGAUAAAAAAAAGGUAAAAAACGCAGUGAAUUUUGUCAGACUAGAGCUAGAAUAUUGAAAAACAGUUAGUACCUUUGCGAAGAUUUCUGGUGUCGUUCGGAGGUGUUUUAGCUCCGUUUCGCCACUUUCUCGUCCUGCAGAUCGAGGCAGAUUCGUGUGUUCCAACGGGGAAAAUAGAUCAGAUCGAGGUUGUCCGAGACUGCAGCGAAGCGUUUCUGUGUUUGUUUUUUGACAGAUGUGGGCCGUCUACCGAGGUGAAUAGUCAUGAUGCUCGACGUGAAUCGAAGUUGAUUUUGUAUGAUGAAAAGAGAACCAAAAGACGAUGACUCAAAAAUUAAAUUGUAGGAGAAGUGAUCUCCUUCACAUUGAAAGAGAUGAGGACCACUUCAUGAAGUAGACGAGACCUCUUUGGAAGUGGAGGGCCUCCCUUUGCCUACAAUUUAAUUUUUAAAUCAUCAUUUUUGGGAUCGUUUCGCACCGUCCAAUCUCGACUCAUUUCAAGUUUGAAAGCCGUCUCGUUUUGAUUUUUUUCGUCAUCAUUCACCACCAAAAAUACCCUAAUAGGAGAAGAAAACCUGAUAGAGAAUAUACGAAGACCAACUGAUUUGCGACCUAUUUUCCAUCUCACUCGUGCUGAGUUUUGUGUAAAAAAAGUUGCAUCACAGCGCUUUUCCGUGUAAAAAAAUACCUAUUUUCCACCGAAUCUUCCUUCAAAAUGCCGCUUCCGAACGACAGGGAAGUGGGCGACUUUGUUUCGUUGCUCGAUGCGGGCGAGGCUGGUAAGCCUGAGGCCGAGGCGUUUGUGGCCCGGUUCUCGAAGCUCCCGUUCGACGAAAAAAAUCCGAAAGCCAUCGAAAUUCCCCUGACCGAAGUGCACGUGAAAAAGAGUGGGCGCCAUCCGCAAAACCGCGCUACGAACCCGGACAACCUGAAAACACUGAAACACGCGAUGAAAAACAAGGGGAAAAAGGGCGGCUAUGAAGGAAUGAAAGUCGGUACGUGCAAACUUUUUUUCGUUUCACAUGCGUUUUUCGUUCAAAAGUAUUAACGUUCGUCAUCAUCUCAUCGCUCAAGUGUUUCGUUUAAAAAUAAAAGCAAACCAUGAAAAAAUAGAGCACGCAGUAAUGAUUUGUGAUGCGCGUUUUGUUUUUUUUACAUCAUGCAGCUUGAUAAUUUCCAUGUCAAUCCUCAUGCACUUGCACUUGCACACGCACAGGAAAAGUGAAACUACACCAGCGCGUAAAGUUAGAAAAUAAAACUAAAACCCAAAUUUGAUACCAGUUUUAUUCGCUGUCGAUUACGGGAACUCCGGGGUCUACGACUACGUGUGCGCCUUCCUGCACGGGGGCCACACGAUCUUGGCUCUGUACGAAGAAGGGUGGUUUGAUUUCGGGAUCAACGUGAUCCUCCUCGACCCGGAAAUCGACCAGCACGAGGCUACCAGAGAAACACGCGCUACUGCAAAAAAAAAUUUGUAAUGCAGCAAGAGCACUUGCUUGUUUGCAUUUGUCCUGCAGAACAUUUGCCAUGCAAAAAGUGAAAAGGAAGUUUGUCAUGCAGAAAAAACGACAUGCAAAAAUUUGUCAUGCAGAAAAAACGACACGCAAAGUAUCCUGCUCUUGUGUGUCACCUUUGUUUUUGCAGUAGCAGAUGUUUCAUUCCAUAGACGAGCUAAUCUCCCAGUUUGUGCUCUUGAAAAACGACGAACCCGUCGGAAUGGCUCCGUCCUGGCUGGAAGUCAUCAAGCGCACCGCGCGGGUACAUAUCUUUUCCGUUUCGAAUUCGAUCUGUAUUUGCUCCUAGACCUGCAGCUCCAACUCCAUUCGUUGCUGCGUCUUCAGGUUCUGCUGGAGCUUGAGACUGAUCUUCAUAAGUUAUAUCUUCUGACUCCGCAAUGCAAGUUUUACUUUUAAUGUUCUUGCAUGUGUGAGUGCGAUUCAGAUUUUCAUUUUUGUGUUGCGUUUUGUUUUUCGCAAUCUAAUUUUCGAAUAAAAAAAUAUCAGAACGACGAAGCCUACGCCGAACACGAAGAAAACCAAAAGGCCAAGGGAAGAGAACCCCGCCCCAUGGAGGAAUGGACCGAAGGCCAAGUGGGAAAAGAGUGGAAGGGGCAGGUGAAGACGUACAAGCAAACGGCGUGCACAAUGGUGAAGAAGGGCUUGUUAUGCAUUGCAAAAAAGAAAAAUAUCGCGCCAGCAAGUGGGAACAAAAAUAAUGUCUUGUUUCUUUACUUACUAACAAGCCUGCAAAUAAAAACUUCAUUUGCAAACUUGUCAUGCUGAAAAAUUUUUGGUCUCUGUUGUAACUUGUCACGCGACUGCACCUGGUACUGGUGCGAUACUUUUGAAAAUGCAUGAUCGUGCUUUGAAUGGACCCUGUUCGGAAUCGCGAUCAACACCCAAGUGCCGCGGCCCCGGGAGAAGGACGAGCACAUGACGUUGUUCAGCUUCGCGCGCGUAUAUUUGAAUUUUUAAACUUAUCGCUGCUUCGUUUUCGUUAUCGUUUUAAAUUAAAGUUUACGGCUAGACUUUGGAUUAGCAUUGCAAAGUAAAAACGUUUUCUAAAAAAAAGACUGUCGCUGAGAGUCAUGCUUUCGCCUUCCGAUCCGAAUUCAUUCAGAGAUGAAAAAACAAAACGAACAACAGAGCAAGUUGAUGCGCGUGGCCGUGUACGACGAAGAAACUCCGAUGCGGAGUUUGCGUCUCGAUAUGCACUUUGCAAUUUGGACCACGCUGCACUACGCUUGCGGGAAGACGGAGGACCAAGUCAACCUGCAGGAGGAUGAUCUGAAGCGGUUGCGGAACCUGAUCACAUCCAACGUGCCGGCGCUGAAGUUUGAGGACUUGUCCGAGCAGGCGAAGACGAAGCGGGACCCGGCAGCGAUGGAGCAACUGACUCCGGUCGCGCGGAAGGAAACCAGAAACAAAAUCAUCCAGCUGUUCCGCGCCAUGAAGGCGUUGAAAAACUUCUACGCCGGGUUGAAGUCUUUGACUUUGGAACCGCAGCAGCAGGUGCAGGCUAAGGAGCUGAUGGACAAAGCCGAUCCCAAGACGUACGACCUGAGAUUCAACGGAAGCUGGAUCAUCCCGCGGGACUACACCAAAACGACCCAAGAAAUUGCGGACGAGAAGUUUCUGUUGAACGAGCUGCCGAAGCUGAUGAUGCAGAUCCACCAGUUUACCGCCAACCGCUGCUCCGCGCUGACCCUCACCGUGUGUCUGGCGGACAAGGAGUUUGACGAAACGCCCAGCCUCGCGAAGUUCAUGUACGUCUGCGACCGCGAGCAGAACAGCUACUACGUGGAGAAGCUCACCGGUGCGGAACCGAAAGACGCGAAGGACCGGGUCGAAAAAUCCGUGGAGAAGGACGUGCUCUUGUUGCCGUUGUACGCGAAGCACGACUGCUACGCCUUGGGCGAGACUGUGGAUGUGCGAUCCAACUGGGGUUCGAAGACCGGCAAGAAGACUUCUAACAAAAAGGGAAAGAAGCCGGAAGCGGAAGUGGAGGCGAAAUUGCAGGUGCUACUCCUAGCCUAGUUUUUUUCUCUUCAGUUUGAAUCUGACGAAACAUAUUUUGUUUUUCACUUCUUGUUCUUUUUCUUCGCAUGACAAAAUAUUUUUUGAUUUGAAAACGAAAAAGAAAAUGAAGUCACGUGUGCGCGCGCGCCCGUGCGCGUGCGUACACGUGGGCGCGCGCGCGCAUGCGCGCGUGCGUACACGUGCGUGCGCGCACACAUGCGUGCGCGCGUACACACGCGUGCAUGCGUGCGCGCGCCCGCAUGCGCGUGCAUGUGUGCGCGCGCACGUGUGCAUACGCGCGUACGUGCGCGCGCGCGCACAUAUACGCGCGUGCGUGUGUACGCGCGCCCGUGCGUGCACGCGCGCGUGCGUGUGCGCGCCCGUGUAUGCGCGCGCACGUGCGCAUGCACGUGUUGGUGUUCGUUUUCAUUUUCAAGUCACAAAGAGCUGCGCUAUGCGAAAAAGAAAAAGUGAAAACCAAAAUUGUUUUGUCAGACUCGUUAAUAAUUUUCUACUGAUAUUUGCAAACUUGUGAUGCAAAAACACAGGACCAAAUUUACGACAUUGUCAUGUGACUACGCAUGACAAACAUGAAAAAAAAAUCAGGUCAAAGAAGGGCAGGGCGCCGAAGCGGAGGAAACUGCCGAUCAGAAAAAGUCCCGCGAAAAGCGUGAGCAGGUGCUGAAGACGGAUCCGAAGAAGGCCAGCUUGGAGUACUUGAAGCAGAAGCCGUGGAAGUCCCCGCUGUGGUGCUCCGUCGUGCCCAGCGAGUACGCGUCGCAGACCGAGGGGGAGAUGCAGCGAAACCAGGAACGGGUACCGCGCUUGCGUAUUUUGGUGAAGCCGGACGUCUCCACGUACAAACCCCCGACCGCCGACGGAGAGGAAUUUCAGCUGGACACCCUGUUUUACUACCCCCAGAAGAAGAACUUCGGCGGUAGCUGGGACUUUCAGGACGACCUCACCCACUCGCUCGGGUUGUCGUAAGAUUUGUUUUUUUUUGAAAAAGUUUGCCUUUACUUUUUUCACAGCAUCACAAAUGCAAAAAAAUUGCGAGUAAAUCUCAAAUGCCACCGCAUGACAGAUGCAACAUGAAAACGACACUCAUUUGCAUCCAUCGCGAUGCAAGAAUCUUCAUGGCCAUUGCAAUUGCUGGCUCACCGCAUGACAAACGACAAACAAUUAAUCACAUCAGGCAUGUGGCCUAUUUUUGGAAACCGGCCGACAACAAUAAAGUCGACCGCUUGACCGUGAUCUCGUGGAAGACCUGUGAAAUCCCCUUCCAUGGGCGGGAUGGCAAGAAGACCAAGAUCACUUUCCAGGUCCCGGUGGAGGCGUCGGUUAAAUCCAGUGGAAACCCAAAAAAGGUGAAGCAGGACGAGAUCCUGUGCUGAGCCCCAAGAAAGAGAAACUAGGAUCAAGAUGCACGGUCACGGUGGACGGAAAUUAAAACUAGUAAACAGGUAAGCCUUGCAGAUUUUUUGUUAGUCUUAGUUUUAAAAAGCAGCCGAAGCUUUGGAACAUCUUGCACAGAGCCGUGCGACUUCUCGCUGCGUUCAAAAUUUUUUUGGUUUUGUAGCGGCUUCGUUCCGGUCGUGAAAUAGGCACUCAUACUCAAAGCCAGGCCCAGUUGUUAGCUCAAACUAACUACGACCCCAAAUCCAAAAGCAACACAAAUUCCAAAAAGUACGCAGGUAGUCGCAACAGCACUACGGCCAUGAAGGUACACCGCGACGGUCUUGCUCUUCGUGGUUUCAAGAUUCUCCUUUUCAACAUGAACAUCAAAAAAGCUACUACAAAAGCGAACUGCUCUUCAACGACGAAUGCAAGCGAUCGACCAUUUUUACUACCGACUGCGGCUGCGCGGUCUUGGUUGCGUUCUUCUUUUUGGAAGCAAAGGCGCGGAAGGGCGAUGGCGGUUGAACGGUGGGAAAUGCCAUGCAACCUGGGAGAAGAAGUUUCCAACUUUCGCAAAGCUGCAGCUCGCAGCUUUACUGUCGAUCUAGAAUCAAAAAAAAUCUGAAGCUCACAAUUUACAUUAACGUUUCGAAUUUUUCCGUUCGCGAUAGAUUUCAGUUUUCAGUUUGAAUCUCAGGAAGCAAAGCCUUCAAAGCAAAAACUAUUGUCGACUGGUCGAGCACGGGCUCCACAUCGCCGACCUAGAUUUUGAUUUACGUUUACAUUUAGGUUUAUCUCUACCGCUAUUGUCAGGCUAGAUUUAUGUUUAUCAUCGGCGUACUCAGAGUCAGACUCAGAGUCUAAAUUUCGAGCGUCAGCAUCUCGGUUGUUUGUCAGCAGCGGCAUGUUUGGCCUUUAGGUCUAAGCAUGGCUGUGUGCUUUUUCAUUUUCUUUUUCGCUUUAUCGAAAAAACAAAAAUUAAAACUAAAACUCAGGGUCAGAGCAACCCACUCACUUUCGUUUCCACCUCCGGGUGUAGUCAUGCGACGGCUACUUUCCAAUCAUCAGGCCCUACUAGUACAAGUACUAGACCUAGAACUAACUCUAACAGAGGCAAAACUAAAACAAAAACUAAAAGCUUCAGGAAAGCAGUAACUUUGCCCCAAGCUGAAGAGCAAAGGCAGAACAAAAUCAAAAAGAAAAAGCGAAUGCGAGAGAUUAAAAGACACAAAUCAGAAGCCAUUCUUUGCACCUCUUCCUGCAUUUUCCACUACUAGAAGUUUCGAUUUAACUUUUCGACUUUCAUUUUCAUUCUUCGCGAAGACUGAAGUAGAGGCGCAGCUCCAGCUUCACCAAUUGCGAUUCGGAUGUACUUUUUCUUCGACGUGGUUCGAAGAUUUUGACUUUCUCGACCUUGCAGCUCAGCUGAUAAAUUUUAAGUGUCGACCUGUACCUGUAGAAUCUCGAAACCGAAAAACAAAAACCAAAAAAAAGGCCGCGCUAUCUCGAUGCAAUGAGAUUGAGAACGACAUGAAGACGCUCGCCCUCGUGAUCGCCUGUCAGUUUCUGAAAAAGCUGAAACUGGGCUGGAGAUCGAUGGAUGAAUAACGUGAGGUCGCAAAGGAGAUCAGACUGCGGCUAGAACUAGAUCCAAAAAAAAGAAAAGCCGAAGUUCCGCCAAAGACUACAAGUUGAUCGCCUGGAUCCAAAGGAGGCCAGCGCUCAGUUCUGAGGGGUCUAGCAGAUCAAGCGAAGAAAAAAACUUCGCCUGUUUCCACGCAAAAAGCAUUCAGCUUCUGGAUCUCCUUGCACUCUGAGUUUCAAUUUUUGAAGUUUUCAUCAGAGUUUUUUCUUUUUCGCUUUCAAACUUUCAGGGACCUAAUCUACUCUUAUUUGUGCUUGUAGCUCGUUAUCAUUUCCAUCUGAGUUUACUGUAGCUCGUCGCUUCCAUCCACAGCAAGGUAGUUGUCCUUCCGUCUGAAUUUACUUUUUUUCUUUUCCCUCGAACCUGAUCUCGGGCAGCGUAACUUCGAUUCCGAUCUCUACGCUUACUUUCUUUUUUUGCAAAAGCAAAAAAAAAAAACAACAUCAAGAUGUCGGACCAGAAAGCGAAACUGGUGAAGCUGGGCCCGAAGUGUGCCGUCGACGACGACGAGCACGAGGAUGGCCCGCCGCCGGGAGGUGUGCGGUUUAGAAAUAUUGUUGGGGCAACGCGGGCGGAAAUGGAAGAACUGCACAAAGACGAAAUCAACCAAUGGACGGCGGACAAAAAAUACCCAGGACACAUGAAAUGCAUGAUGUUCCUGGAUGAUGUUGACGAAGGUGCCCCCGGAACCGGAUGCACCCAGGCGGAGAUGUGGGUACUAAUGCUGGCGCUUUUGUUUUUUAUUUUUUGUUUUGCAUUCAGAGGGAUUAGGAUUUUCAUUUUGCGUUUUCGAGUCGAAGUCUAAAUUUGAAAUUUCAAACCUAACAGUGGGAUCAAACCGAGAAGGAGGAGAACUUCGUGGACAGCAUUUUUGGGAUGAUCCGGGGCCAGACCAAGCGGCGAAGCGGGACAGAAGAAGUGGAUGCGUCGGGGAUGACGAAACAGGAGCAGCUGGAAAUCAUCAACAUGAUCUUCAACAUGGCGGAAUCUGAUGAUAACGCGGCCUGGGCGAAGGCUUUUUUGGUGGACGAGGCGACCGGUGGCGCUUACGGAUCCGCUUCUUCUUCUUCUUCGACUGGUUCCGGAAUCACUCCUGGUGGAGCUUCUUCUUCUUCGCGCCCGAACAACGAACAGAUGGAAGAAAAAACGAACGAUGACGAUGCGAGCGAGGAGAUGGAGGUGGAGGCGGAGAGCACCCCGACCACCAAGGCCGGGAAAAAGAAGAAGAAGCAAAAGGCCAAGAAGUAAACAUCUUUCACCUGUUCAGCGCGUCGAGCUCGAACUGAAAAACGUCGGAAUCAGCUCGAGCUGAACAACUUCUACAUCUUCAACUUCUAACUCUACUGCUAAAGCAAGAAGCUCAGAUUUUUGAUGACGCGAAUGGCAACGAGAAACAAGCACAAGUAGAUGAAAAAAAAACGACAACGAAAUGCAGCCGAAGCUGUGAAAUUUUUUAUGGGUGUGCUCGGCGCUCCCUUCGGUGUCUUUCUCCUUCGAUGAUGGGUGUCAUUGGUCUGACGAUGGUUCAUCGCGUCCUGCGACAUUGCCCCGACCACUCUGACCUUCCACUGAAGCCGGCGCAGAAAUGGAAUGCAACAGUCGUCAGGACCGACGUCGUUAUAUAAAUUCAGGGGCGUGGGCAUCCUUCUAAACACCCACUUUUCGCAUGCCAAAGUUCAACAUCAGGAUCAAAAUCGUAUUAAGAAAAAGUGGCAAAUCGGUUCAAAAAAAAUAGAAGUGAAGACGUUCACGAACAAAGAUAAUCAUGCCAAUUUUCAUAGUUAUAAAAAUUGAUAGUAUUUCAAAGGGUAGUGGUUCACUUAUAAAAUGAGGAAAGCUGAAGGCUUGUCCCACCAUAAAUCGUUGCGCAUUGGCUUGGUGCGCGUUUGGAAUCCCAUGCGUGUACAAUUACAACCAAUAUAGAUUGCAAUAUCAUUUUCGAUCGCGACAGGCUCUCAAGCAAUUGCAAUCGUUGCCGUCCGUGGACAAAGUAUUGCAGUCGACCCCGGGGCUACUCCUUUCUACGCAGGCUCGCGUGGUUGCCAGCGGUAUGCUCGCGCUGGGCCGCAUAGCAGUCAAGGAUGGAUGGAGAAGUUUGCCCGAUGAUGUGGUCAUCGAUGCUGCAACAUUCGCUGUCGUUUUGCCUCCCUUCGCAACAGACUUUUGCCAAGUCUUGUUUACGGUAUUUGCAAUAUCGUUGGAGUGUGUCUGGUGUAAGGUAAAUUAGGGGAAGAAUGUGUUGGCAUAGAUGUUUUAGUUUAAAAGGAAAGAAGGAAAAAAAAAAACUUCUCCCAGCAACUGCAAGCAUACGGAGAGAAGCGCGAUCGUCUUGCUCGGCCAAUUGAGGCCUGGGAUCCCACGACGAAGACCGCGUUGAGUUUCAAGGACGUCCAGUGCAAGGACUUGAGGAGCAUCCGCUUAGUAUCGCUGAAGCUGCGGCUGCAUCUCGUCCAACUCUUCGGGACGCACGCCCCCCACGCCAUGACCGACUACUUACACUACAAUUUGCGGCGCACGAUAAAAGCGCUAGUAAUGAACGCCCCGAAGAUAGCGCUGUUGGACAAGUCGGAGAUAGAACACAAGUGGCCGCUCAAGUUUCACGGCGCGCGCGGGCGAUACGCCGAAGCGGCGCGGUCAGCAGUGCAGAAGGCGGAAAGCGCCAAAAGUGACGCUUUCAAGAGACAACUGGAAGAGGCGCAGCGGUCGCGCAAUCAUCUCGAGUUACAACUCGCGCAGGAACAAAAAGAAACCGCAGCGCACAAGCAGCUUGCUCGGGCUCUGGAACAGGAGAAAGGGGAUCAAAGUAAUGAAGUGGCGGCGUUACGCCUAGCGAGUGCCGAAAUGGUCCAGGCGAGAGCCAAGGCCGAGGCAGCAGCUGCUGAACGUGAGACGCGUUACAGAACACAACUGCACGAGGAAAAUCCCAAACAGAAUUCCACUCGUCGACUCAGUCUCCCUGCAAACUUCUUCGACGAUAGGAACGCGUCGCCGAGAGGGAGAUCGGAACCAUCAUCCGAUAGCUCCGAAGUACGCCCAGUUUACUUCGGAUACCGCAGUAGGGAGAAGGAUCGGCCGGAUGAUAGCAGGCCAGUGAAAAGGCGGCACACCGCGGACCACACGGACCUGGUAGACGCCACCGCGAAGUUUACUAACUUCACGCUUGAAGGACUUCCCCGGAACAGGGCGAGUGGCAGAGCUGACACAUCUCCGUCCCCCAACCAGCGGGCUGCUUCUUCCCCCCUGAUGUACGCAGCGAUAGGGGAUGGUAACCCUUACGCAACCGCCGCCCUGCUCGCGAACGCCUCCCAAAGUGCGCACGCCGAUCACACCAUGGAUGCUGGAGCAUACCUGGACGCCGCACACCACCCAGUGGAGGAUAAAAUUGAUUCCAGGCCAUCUAGUCGAGUCUCAUUUGGUGAAUGCGGGGCAGAAAAUCUCAGCAAGAGCGUUCCGUGUUUUGCAGCGGAAGGUGCUCAAAUUUGCAGAGCUCGCGCGGGUCAGGAACAAGGACGGCAAAUGAAGACUUUUCUUAUAGCAAUAAGUUCAUGAGAGAAUAAUUAAUAUAUAAAAGGUUCUGGCACGCGGUUAGAAAUAAGCGGGAGAGCAUGACCACCACGAAUGGCUGAGGCUUCGACGUGGUAACAUCGAUAAAUUCUCUCUCUCUCAUUGGCUCAGGUUUGUUGUCGGAUACGCUUUUACCACCACGCGAUCUUCUUUGGGCUCUCGGUCAACGAGCAGUACAAAUUGAUCUCAUCAGUUUAGACGAGGAAUCUGAUCUGCUGCAAUGGGCCCGGGCCUUUACGACGCUCGCCGCGAAUAAACUUUUGACCAAGUCGGCUUGGAACAAAGCGGUCGAAGACCCAUCGCGUGUUCCGAAAAAGACGGAGGCGCUGGCGUGGCCGUUUGGAUAUCUAGUGGCGGAGCAAUCUGCUGCCUUAGAGCUGCUCGAGGGCUUGCUGGCAAAAACGGCUUCAGUCGAGUCGACGCAAGUCACUAUGCUCUUCAACCAGGCGGCUUCGUCGGUGCAGACGCUCCAGGUAAUGACGCUAAUGUUGUAGUGCGUCGCAUUAUCAUAACCUAGAUUAGCGCGACCAUUUCCGCAUGCAUUUCAUGAACAAGCGAAGUCUCAGUGCAUUUGAAAUAAAAACACAGGCACAGACUCGCAAGGUCGCCAAAAUAGUAAAAAGGCGCAAGACAGUCAGACCGCAUGACCUGCAGUCAGUGACUAACACGACCGAGGAUGCGGCGAAGAUAGUGCUCGGAGAGUACCGCCACACUUCUCUACUGCUGGCACCAUACACGUUAGCCGAUUUAUGGCGCGAGCCGCGGGAGAGCACAUUUGAGUUGUGCGCAUCGUUGAAAGAGCGAAUCCGCGCGCGGCACGUGAGCGACUCGUUCCUGCAGAAGGACGCUGCAAAAGGUUUUGUGUUGUAUUUCGACUACCUCCAGAACAUUCAGGCGAAAGUCGUCGCGUCCAAUAAAGAGAAAGCCAAACCCGAGAAGGAUCGGAGCCCCGCGUUGAUUUUCAAGGAGCCAAGCUUGGAUGAGUUUGUUGCAGGUACGAGUGCGCAGCUUUAGACUGCGUUUUGCAUGCGGAGUCAGAAGCUUAAUUGAUACUUGGCUACGCAUAAGCAGCUUGUCAAGCAUUCACAUAAAAAACGUACAUGAUAUCAGGUGUAGCAGACUUGCAUCGGAUUGCCGAAGAGUGGUCCGAGGAGGCUGUGGCUGCCGCAGAACGGUUGAAAACCAGCAAGGGAAUCCCCAGCGGGGGAGUAAGAGCGAUCGCAGCCAAAGGUAGUAAUCGAGUGCGCGCUGCGGCCACAACCAAAGGUGCGAAAUCGCAGGAGGUAGUGCCGAACCGUAGUCGCAGGAACUCGGACGAUAACGCACCGCGAGGAGGCAAGCGGAGCAGCAGUAAAAAAGGAAGUACGGGGAAGGACACUUGGCGUCGGUCAUCGUCAGCGGAUAGCUGGGGUUUCCGCCAGGGAGGAGCUGGCUCGUGGGAGCAAGGCGCGGGCUACUAUCGUGCAGACCCCUUUUACGCCCCCGACCACUACCACUACCAGCAGCAGCAAGGGUUCGGCAGUCACCCGUACGCUGCGUACGAUCCGAACGUCGCGGGAGCGCCGAAGGGCCAGUUCGGGUCCCCCACGCCGCCUCCGUUCGGAAGUGGCACCAAGGGCGAUUUCAAGGGCAAGAAAGGCAAAAACAAGUACGGUAAGAACGACUGGAACCCGUCCAAGGAUGGCAAGGGCGACCGCAAGCCACCGGGCUCGCGCAUCACAGAACGCAGGGCGAAAUUAGUAGUAGCUUAUAAGAGCAAAGCAACUGAGGAAGAGCUGCGUAAAGACACUAAGUUGUGUGCUUUCCUGUGUUGUUCUCUCAACAAAGUUAAGUUAGACUCGGGCGAGGAAGUGUAUUGCCCCGCCACGGACGCGGAAUGCACCCGCGAUCAUCCAUACUCCAAGCAAAAGAGCGCAGAGCUUCAUAAAAGAUAACUCCAAGAAAGAAUGUGAAAAAUAAAUAAUAUAUUAUUUGGAAACGUGCCGCAGAAUGCAGUGCGUCACGGGUGGGCUCCCAAGCUGUAAAUCCCCAGAUCUUAUCAGACUUUAGAGCUCUGUUUGUUUCGAACUGUAUUUCUACAGAGCUACUUUUGAUCUGCGCCUUCUUGUUGUUACACUGUAAAAAGCAAGACCGCGACUGUUACACAAAAUAUCUGACGGCGAGCUAGGCUACCACAUGCCAGCUACGCACAAGCCACAGUCGGUGUUCUUAUGUGCGCCACUCAUGGGGGCUCGUAAACAACGCAGUACGGAUUCGAGUCCAGUCGUCGCUCCAGGUCGUGCAAGCCAGCAAUAUUCGUGCGCCAAAAAAUAUUCACGAAAGUGUCCCUCAAUUCGUCGGGUUCUUCUUCUCCGCAUUACUCGGCGCCUCGCCAUCGUACGGCAAUUCGUCGCGAACUAUCGCUAAGUCGUAAGUGCGAGGCUCUUCGUCAUACUCGUGACCAGUAAAGCUUAUUCUCACCAGCAUCACAUACAAAAACCUACCCGCAAAGCAGAGCACUCAGACCCUUUUUGGUAAGUAAUUUUUUUUCAAAUCUGGAUCCCGCAGUCAACGAGACCAAGUUGCCGCCAGCGUUUUGCUUUUUCCAAAAAGCAAACGGGAGUGUCGUUGUGCGUAUAUGUAAAUGUCCUGCCGAACAUGCCGCGUCCUAAAAAACGUAAAAUUCAAAAGCGUGAGGAAAUGCCGGAACGUGGCGGCUUCCCGGAAGCAGGCACAGAUGAGGUCGGAGAAAAUUACGACCACGAGGACACUCUCACACAGGAGAGACGCAACGCAAUUGACAAGCUGCGAGGUAGGCAGAAAAUGGCCGACCUGAAGCGCAUCGAUCCAGUCCGAGAAGGCAAGGAUCAAGGCGUUGUUAGACGAGCUCGACCAGUUCUUGCUCGCAAACCAAACAAGCACCAGGGCGAUGAGUUCGAGCAACUCAAGGUGGAGAUAUCUCCGCACAUUUGCAAAAUAAACCAGAUGUUUAUAGGAACGGGCAAGGAGUUCGGGACGAGGAGACACAGCUCCUUCGCGAUGCGCACCAUCGCCGAGAGAUGCGAAUUCCUCAACGAGAACAAAAGAGAAAUGAGAUACGGGAAGCAGGGAUUCGCAAGCCUUGGGCUCCCCGAGGAAGGAGAAGUACCGCGGUACGGCGCAUGGCCGACAGGUCGGAAACUCUCACAAGAAGAAGUUCAGAGAUUGCAGGACUUCUCUUUCCACGAUCCGGCGCGGCGCCAGGCUGUCGCUGCAGCGCAGCAGAAACAAAAAGCACCACCCGAAGGUGCGGACCUGGACACUCAUACCAGGUGCUACGCAGCGUACGCACAGCUGCUGACGGACGGAGUCGCUGAGUUAAUCCCUGAAGACGAGGCCGAAGCGAUGAAAGCCAAGGGCGACUAUUUCGUGGACGUGUUCGGCUUGGGCCAGCGACCUGAUGAUGAGGGUCGGUUCCAGAAGGUGCGCCCGAUUUCAGACGAAUCGGUCCGCAGUGAGCAGCUCUCGCCGCCAACCGAACACAUGGCACUACCAGGAAUCCCAGCUAUAAUGCAGGGCGUAGUAUAUGCCAUGAGUCCGGAAUUAGAGGGGCGGUUCGCACAGGACAAAAAAGACGCGUUGCGGUCAGUUGCUGAGGGACGUAAGAAAGCUGCUGCAGCUGGUCGGAAGAAAAUGAUGUGGCGGGACGUCACUACCUUGCCGCGCGGAAAGCAACGAUAUGCCGGCCAGUCCUUCACCCCAUCCUUCACGAAAAAUGACUUACAGAUGGCGUAUUUUCAAUACGGAGUCCGCCAUCCCCGGCGCAAUAUGUGCCGCAUAUACAACCCGCACACGGGUAAAUUUGAACACGGGCGCCUUUUGUGUCUUAAUUUCUAUCGCCAAAAACAACCCCUCCCUCUUUGGAUAACUGUUGGCGAACUCUUGUUGCAAUUGCUCGCACAGAGCCGCCCCCGGCGCCAGGCUCUCUAUUUUCGCGCUAAUUUUCCUACAGUCGGCGCUCUUGCGGGGGCGCUAAUUUCUUGUCUAAGUUUUUGUCUAAUUUCUUGUCUAAUUUCCUGUCUAAGUUUUUGCCUAAUUUCUUGUCUAUUUUCCUGUCUAUUUUUUUGCCUAUUUUCCUGUCUAUAUUCGCGGUCUUUGCCGCCUCUAAUUUCUGUCUAAGCAGCGGCCUUGGCCGCUUCGGCUGCUGUCUAUUUUUUGUCUAAUUUGCCCAGUUGGGCAAUUUGCGUGCGAUUUUGCCUAUGUCGGCCGUUGCUCUGAAAUUUAGGCGCAAACUUAGAAAAUUUCGGGACGUGGUCAAGAACGGAUGAAAGGGAAGGCGGCGCAAUUGCUUCGACACUGCGCCUUUCAGGCGGGUCAACGGCGAUGGGCACAAGCGUCUGCGUUCUGCAAGUCGCCCGCGCCCCGCCUGUGUCCCCGGCAAGGGUUGCCCGCCUCGGCCUAUUGCCCAGGGCGGGCUUGCUCGCCGAGGCUAGGGCUUGGGCGGUUCAAAAAAUAGCGGGAAUUUAGGCAGUCGCCCGCCGGGGCUGGCUCUCCGCGAAAUUACAUGACGUGCGCAAAUUCGGCAAAACAAAACUCAGCGCAAACACCGCGAGGAAGGGUUGUUUUUUCUAGAUGCAUACUCGCGGCAAUAUCCACUCGGUGUUCGGAUUCACCGGCGCGAGUAGCGAGCUAUUAAAUCGCUACAUCAGCUGCGUAUUGGAAAUGCCGGCGUUCGUUUACAUCGACGAUAUCAUUACGAUGUCGGGCAAUGUGCUGGGCAAGGUCUAUAGCGACGCGGUGCGGCGUUUGUGCGCGAUGAUCGGAAUCGCGGUAGCACCAUCCAAGGUGGAAUUCGCGAACCUCGCCGAAAGGUGCGAAGUCCUGGGCAUCCGAGUCGAGGUCUUUCCGGUGAAAGUUUUGCUCUCUCUGUCACCGAAAAAGGUAAAGCAGGUUACCGAGGAGAUAGAUGCUGUUGCUAAAAUCUUACAGUCGUCGCAGUGCCACACCUUGUUCAAGAGGCUGCAAAAACUACAGGGCUCAUUGAUGUACGCGCUCUACCAACGACGCUACCGCCGCAGCAUGCCGCGCAUAAAGCAGCUGUAUGCCCUCACCACGUCGCCUGCCAAGUUCCGCCACGCGAUUCAGGCCGAGGGAACUCGCGCGACCCUGGUGGUCAUGCUCGCGCAGGCAAGCAAAAUAAUCGCAGCUAACGAACCAACCGAGAUCGCACAGGAUGUUGCGGCACAAGAACGGGCGCACCUCAUGGCCGAUGCGUCAGCCGAUCAUGGUGAAGUAGCUUACGGCGGGGCUCUGUUCCAGAACAACCAGUCGUCCGUCGGUUUCUCGCUGUUCAAACAAACGGGAAAAGGAAUUGCCGGAAUUCCUGAAGCGCUCGCGCAUCUUGACGCGCGAGAUGGUGGCGAUCGCAAUCGCAAUAAAACUUUUUGCAGAACAGUUGGAGAACAAGAAUUGCGCUAGUCACGUAGAUAAUAGCGCGGCGACGUACGGGAUAGUGAAGGGAGACCUUCGCAGCCACAAACCCGCCGCUGCCGCGGCGUAUUUGUGUGAAGUUUUCUACGCUUCAAAAAGUUGGCUUUAUCAUGGGUAUAUUAGCACACAUCUUAACGCUUCAGAUGCGUGCACAAGACGCGACAUGCUGAGUGAUCUGUUAGAGUUUUACAAUACAUCGCUCCCCUUUUCUAACCACCAGGUAGAGUCUGCGUUCAUUCAAGUAGUUCAGGAAAUCAAAGACGUGUGCGAUAAGUUUGACAAGCUGCAUUUGUAAAGUCUCUUUGGCACUGGGCAGACAAUAGGGAAACUUGGCGUCCUUUUACAUUUUUGCACAUGACAAACCUGAAGCACAAAACUCGACUCUAAUCAUUCGGUAUCAUAGAAAAAUGGGAGAAAGUCUCGGCCUGUUCAGUUGAUAACACAACAUGACCACGCGACAAUCGGUAUCGUCUUGCGAUUUAUCGCACGCACCCCGUUCGAUCGAGAGUAACGUCGUUGGACUAAUUGAGAGCGCCCUGUAGUUCUCGACGAGUCGGUUAGGCGAUCAGUAGCCUGACCUAAAGAAUCAUAAAAAAUGAAAACAACACUAGUAAGCUGCAUCCACAGAGCAGCGUCUUAAUAAAUGUAGUGCCCGCGUUCAAACCAUUCCCCGUUUUUAGAUCUGGAUAACAGCACAUUGUCUUCUCUGGAGCCACGCGCAUGCUUUUGCAACAAUCUCAUUUGUGUUAAGUAUCGUGCCAGUAAAUCUUUGCCCUUGUUCGUAAAGCCUCAUUGUCCUUAUUGCCGAACAUGGUGCCUGCAGAAACCACAUUUGCUAACACAAACGGGCCCCAUGCCGUUGGGCCCCUUCUAUCUGAAUCCGACAGGAAGAAAGCCCGCAUCAGGGAGCGGCCCCCUCGUGAUUUAGUGGGCCUUAGCCGCGGCACCCAAAAUAAUUAUUAUAAUGGGACGCGUGAGUGCUUGGAUCGAUGGGCAACAGCGGUGCGGAACAAGCGCACGCCCCCCAUUGUGUCCCGCUACUACUCCAACUUGUGGAAGCUGCCAGACGAGUUGGUGUUACGGUUGUGGCCCGAGGAGGAAGUUUUUGCGCUGAAAGAUCACGGCCUCAGUCACCGUAAUUCAAAGUGGCGCGUCUGGAUGUAUUACUGCAUGACCCAGGAGCCCAGUUUUUUCAUGAAGCUGGACAGCCUCCCGACUACGCGGGAGGGGAUGGCGUUGCUACGACGCAAACAUCCCAGCGCUCUGUGGUCGGAUUUACAAAAAUUCGGCCAGUUUUUGGUAGACCACGAAUAUGGCGAUCCGUUGGUCUACCUAUCUUUGGUCGCCCAGCGUUUGCGUUCUCUCAACGGCUUAGAAAAGACUAACGGAUGGAGGGGAUCGCUGCAGACAUUUACCUUCGAAAAUGUGCGACGCAUGCUGGAGCCAGUCAUGCGAACAAAAGCCCUUCCCCCCGAUUUCGCAAAGGUGUCGACUCUCCCGCCUCGCGACCUGCGCAUCUUUUUGCAGUGGUGGGUAACUGGCCUGCGGCCAAGGUCGUCUACGUCGAUCAGAGUGGAGUACGCUCGUCCCGACACGACCUUCACCGAUUUCAUGGAAAUCCCCAUCCCCAGCAUGAAGUGCUUGCCUACGCCUGGCGAACAAUUCGCAGCACGCGUUCCGAUGGACAUCUGGGACCCGUUAGUGUUCCCUGUCAUGAUCAAGGACCUGUUGCGCAUUACAAAAGCGCUUGGAGCCACAUUGUACGGCCCUCGCCGUGGGCUUGCGAUUGCGUUGCGGCUGCGCGCCAUCCAAAGUGGGUGCCUUCCGGGCGGUUCCCCUAAGGAACGCAGAAAAUGCGACAUCUGCAAGGCUCGUGUUAACAAGUGGCUCGGCUGGGCCCACCGUUCCAUGUUGUGGGAAAAGGAGUACACGGCCGAUCUGAUCCACUACGUUGAUAAAUCUUUUCUGUUACAUCCGGCAGUGGAAAAGUUUUUUGUUGUCACCGAUGCUGAUCCCGAAAUGCCAACUGACGUCCCCUCCGACGAAGAGGAGAUCGACCCGGAUGACAACGCGAACUUCUCUGCGCUGGAGAGUGCGACCGGGUGCACUAGGCCGAGCCCGGCAGGAUUGUUCGGAUCUAUAACUCGAGGGCAGAUAGAUGAUUCCAGUCACAAGAAGGUGUGAAGCCGACUAAUCUAUAACAGUUGGCGGAAAGGAGCGCUCUUGAGCGAGAGAAUUCGCGAGUGAGAAGCAGCGAGCCUCCGAGGCUACUCGCAGGACGUACGUCUGACCCGAAGGACCCCGGUCUUCGCGGAAAAACUACACCUGCGAGGAAUUACGAGACCGCGUCGUAGAGUACCUUCGCCCCUGGGAGUGAAGGGCGACUCCGAGCCGACGCGGGCUGCCUCUCGUGCUAAUAGAUUAGCUCUCGCGCAGCAUAGCACGGACUAUCAGUCGAACUCAUGCAAAGUUCUGACUCCUCCCCACACGUGUGAGAGUUGCAGCGAAGUUCAAGUCUAUUUUUCUGAUGCAAGAUAAGCCCCUUGCUCGAUUGAAUACUGUGCUGCAUACCGGAUUGGGCUGGCAUUGUUGCGGUUUGACGUGGACGGAAACGGCAUGCUAAACGCCACGGAAUACAGCCAGUUCAUUUUGCAGCAGUGGUCCCAUCGUGACAGGCAUCGGAGAAGGACGGGUAACGGAUACAGAACCGAAACCAAUUACACAUCGUCUGAAUAUAAAUCGAACACCAAACAGGACGACGACGAGGGCAGCGGUAGUAACUCUGACGCUGAGUUGUGUUUCUCGAAUAUUGACAAAGGCACAAACCAGGACGGACAGAUUUCUCCCCUCGAAAUCUUGGCAGUGGGGUGCGCACAGCACUGCAGGAAGCGACAGUGCGCGACGAGCAACCCCGAAAAUCGAACCCGCAUUUUCCCACCAAAUAAUAAACCAACUGCUCAAUCAAGCUCUCACGACUCCCCCCCCUCCUACCUGGAAGUCAGUAGCAGUGAAAGUGGUAGCAGUACUAGUAGUGAUCACAGCGGCAGUACUUCGUCGCAGAGCAGCGUCUCGAAAUGGUUCUCGGGGUUAUUUACGUCGGCUUCGCCUUUCCAAAAUAGCUGUGGAGUGCCUGCCCCCGUUGCAUUUGCGUGUUGCAGGGAGCCACCGAUCGGUGACGCAUACGAGGAGAGAGUGUUUGAGUUUCCUAAAGACCACUACGACAUGUAUCCACCAGGAGAUGGAGUCCAUGGAACAGAAUCAGAAUACCGAGACCAGUACAGCCCCCGUGGAACAGAAUUUCGAGACCAGGAGAUGGAGUCAAUUGCACUAAACAACGUGCGGAGCGGGAGGGACCAGAGACGCGUCCGCACCAAUUUAUUUGGACAUGCUGGCGGAGAAGUUGUCCCCUGCUGGUAAUACUGAUACAAUCCUUCACUGUCAGGAACAGGAACUGCCGGCAUCCGAAAAGCCAAAAUGAAAAUGCAUCGUGCUUUCUCAAUAUAAAGACAUUGUUUUUUGUUUACAGCAUGAACUUCGAAAAAAAAAACCGCUGAGUCGCGCUGCCUACGCGCACACGAGUGCAAGGCGGUAGUGUUUGCGUGCCGUUGUAGUUCUUGCAGGCCCCACAAUUAGACUCGAGAACCCUGUUGCACAUUUUUGGCUAUAGCUAGGGCACAGGAGUACUACUAAGCGACCACGACGAGUGCUCUAGUAUGUGUUCCGCCCCCGCCCCCGCGUCAUCAUCGAUGAAAACGAAUCGGGGCCCUGCUGUUUGGUUCUUUUGACCUAUAUUCCAGCCCCUCAAGAAGAACA